AUGGCAGCACUUGAAGGUUUUCUCGUGGCUUCACUUCUUCUUUCCUGUUUGGCAUCGACUUCCUAUGGAGCGACCUUUUCUUCUCUUCAGAAAACUCUCGUAGUUUCUGCUUCACAUCAACAAGGAAAAGUCCUGAAAGCAGGAGAAGACGAAAUCACAGUAACAUGGUCAUACAACAAUUCCUUUCCAGCAGGCACGGAUUCAGCCUACAAAACAGUGAAACUAAAACUUUGCUAUGCACCAGUUAGCCAACAGGACAGGGCCUGGAGAAAAACUGAGGACGAUUUAGAAAAGGACAAAACAUGUCAACACAUUAUUGUUUCCAGGCCAUAUAGUCCUUCCAAAAGCAAUAUCACCUGGACAGUGAAAAGGGAUGUGCCUACUGCUACAUAUUUCGUUAGGGCAUAUGCUUACAACUCUGCAGAUGAAGAGGUGGCCUAUGGACAGAACACAGACGCUCAUAUGGCUACGAAUUUAUUUCAAAUCGAAGCGAUAAGUGGGCGCCAUGCCUCGCUCGACAUUGCCGCGGUUUGUUUCUCGGGUUUCUCCGUGGUGUCUCUGUUUGGAUUCUUUUUCUCGGAGAAGAGAAAAGCCAAAAGCUCUCAACUAAAGUGA